ACGACUUAGAGGCGAACACCGGCAUGUAGCCCCAUGCUACACACGUCAAGUCAGGUCAGCUGUCUUUCUUCCCAUAGUUAUUAUACCGUCCACGGUCCAGAUUAACAAUAAAUGACUGUCGACAUGCAUGUAUUAAAGUUAGGUGUUAGUCACCAUGAAGACUCUGCCAUGGUAGUUUGAAGGUCUUUUUACCUUAGCCGAGCUGCUAGCUUGCUAGCUCCCCAACACGCCCCUACUUCACGUUGAAGUUUACAUUGAAUGACGUCAUAGCUCCACCACACGCCCCUACUCGAGUGUUGUGUCAAGUCAGCGUCAUAGCUCCACUCCAUCAUCAGUAAGGUUCAGAAUUGCCGCAUUCCUACAAGUUAUGAGGGCGCUUUUGAAAAAACUGCAUCGCAUAUUUGUCAAACUCGCCUUUUUCCCAAGCUUUUUGGGCCAUUCCUCGCCUCGUCCCGCCGCUUCGGAGGUGCUCACCUGUCACCUGCGGCAGAGGAAGCUGCCGCCCUGGACAUCUUUCUGUGUGCGCUACUCUGCCGUUCAAAAUGACCAAUUUGGACUGUCCAACUUUAACUGGAGCGUCCAGGGAUCGAACUACCACGUACUGAGAACUGGCUGCUUCCCCUUCAUUAAGUACCACUGUACCAAAGCACCUCCACAGAGCCUGCACUGGGAGGAUAGCUUUUUCACCCUGCUCAAAGUCAUCAAUCUAGGUGUCCCCUGUUUGGCCUAUGGAAUCGGUUGUUGGAUGGUUGUGGGUGCUGCUGAAACAGUCCAUACAAGCCUUGGUCCUGUCACAGUCUAUUUCGCUUACAAGGAAGACGAAGGUGCUCAAUAUUAAGCCAAAAAAAUUCUAGAUGAUUUCAUGUUCUUUAUUGAAAUUUUCCAAGAAGUGGAGAUGUUGCUGAAAGUGUCAUUCUGAGUAUGUUGUGGUCUUUGUGCAAUUAUUAAAAAAAAAAAAAAUCAAGUUGCAAUGGAGAAGUUGCUUCUGCAUGUCAUUGCACUGACAAGAGUGAUGAGCCAGCUCAACUUAAAUAAUAACAAAGAUAGAUAUGUUAUUAUCCAAACAACUGGCCUAGGGAUGAUGUUCGAAAUCGGUUCUCCCGGUUGUUCGAUAAGAAAAGAACCGAUUCCAUGGACUCGAAUCCCUUUUUGAGAACCGGUUCCCGUUAACGAGGCCACUAUAGUAAAGAAAAAGUUUGAAUCCCUGGGAACGAAUCCCUUCCCACGUACAGGAAAUGCCCUGUGGGACCUGCAAUGUUAUGCCCAUUAGAUUGUAGACUCUUACUGACACCUUGUGGCGAUAUGAAAAUACUACGCCUCAUUAGUUUGGGCACUUCCGGGUUGAGACAAUUGAGAAGUAGACAAGUUGUGUUAGCUCUUACAAGCCUUGGAAAAGAUACGUCUGUAAGUAAACUGUUUAACUUGUUUAUGUAACUCAACAUUAAGGUGAAAAGUGGUUAAGUUUGAUACUGUUUAUUGAAAAACGAUUUUUGUGCACUGUUUCAAUGGAUGUUUUGAGGACUUAAAAUGGCUGCCAGUCGAAAUAGUUUCAACACUCAGAAGUAUUUGUUUGAUGAUAGUACUGUAUAUUUGUGUAAAGCUAAUAUUUACAUAUUGUGUAUUACAUUUCAGUAUAUUUAUUGAAUCACAUAGCUUAUACAUUUGUUUUUGUGUGUAUUUCAGUUAAAAAGGAAAAAAAAAACAGUCCAGUGCAAGACAAAAGUAAAGAUAGGAAAAGACAAAUCAAGAUCAACAACAAUAAAGAGCCUAAAUGGAUUUAAGCUUUGGAUUGUUUGUUAGCUGUCUGCCAAGCUGUAUAACCUCAACACGUAUAGUGAGGGCAGAACAGGCAAUAUGCAAUUAUUGCCAGGCUUCGCUCUCAUGUAAGGGGGGAAGAAUUGUUGAUUGAUGACUGUGGUGUUCUUAGUGUCAUAGUGUGUGUAGUUAGUAUGUUCCAAUAGCAGCAGAAGUGCACUUUUUGGAGAGCUGUAUUAUUUUCAGUUUUGUGCCCAAGGGACUGAUUUUAUUUAACACUAUAUUAUUAUUUAUACACCUAUAGCAUACCUGCCAACUACUCCGGUUUUCCCGUAAUUAGUACGGUUUUCAUCAACCUAUUCCGGGUUACGGUUGCAGUGAUAAAAAAUACGGUUUUUCAUUAAUUAAAAAACUUUUUUUUUUUAAAGUUUUAUUCACAAAAUCGCGUAACAACAAUAACAAUCGACACUGCUUCCCGUAACUUCCUAUCGAGCCAUUCCGAAUGCCAUGCGCGAGGCUAUUUAUAGCACCGCUGCCAAGCACGAGGCCAUUGUUUCCAAACGAGCGAACGAUCAUGGAAUCAGCCGGAGAAAAAUCGCACACGAGUCUUAAACCGAAAAGAAAACUGCAGUCAUUCCGUGAAGAAUAUUCAAAAGCCUAUCCGGGAAUAAUUAUCCGUUCCAAAAAGGGUGAAAACUAUGCGAAUUGCACCUUGUGCAGACAAGAUUUUUCGAUCGGACGCGGAGGAAUUAGCGAUGUAAAAGACCACGUUGGGACAAAAAAACACAAGUCUAAUGCCGUUGCUAGCGAUACAAGUGGAAAACUUUCAACCUUUUUCGUCGCCCAAACAGAUUCUUUGGAUGUGAUAAAUGCCGAAGUUUUAUUUACGGUGGCAAUAAUUGAGCAAACAAAAAGGUAAUGACACCAAUGUUAUCUAUUGGAAUUGUUUAGUACUGUUAUACUGUUAAAAGUGUUUAUACUAUUUAUGCUUUCAAGUCCAAGUUGAAGAAAUCUUGUUAAAUGUUGACAG